AGGUGGCGGUAAGCACCUUUAACCUUAGCUCGAAACAACCAUGAAGAAGAAAAAGAAGCGCGCGUGACGUUCACACUUCCGUAACUAGCUACAGUGCAACAACAUGGAUGCAGUGGCUGAAGGUAACCAGGAAACUGGUUUUACCGGCGAAAGCGGUGCUGCCAAGAUACAUGAGCGAAUUCAGAAACGGCACCAGUUGAGGACAGAGGAUGCCGAGCGGAAGAGGGAAGCUAAAGAGAGCCAGUCUGUCUCGGAGGAAAAGGGCGAGUACUUCUUCAGCGCUUUUAACGCGGAGCGGGCGUCCAUCGAGGAGCUGCUGACAGGCUGCUCCGGUGCUGACCGGGCUGUGGUAACUCAAAAGCUGGAGGAGGCGACAGCCAGAAUACUACAGCUGCAAAAGUUUCUCAACGACAGCGUGUUGUUUUUAUCCCACUACGAGCUGAGACAAGCCCAGGUUGCUUUCCAGAAACUCCAAACAUCCCUUGCCAAGACAAGAGAAGAGUGUCUGCCCAAGAAGAAGUUUACCUUUCAAGCACGCAGUAAAGCAGCAGAUAAAGUCUCAGCACCUAUGUCAGAUACACCAUCACCUGGAGCAGCCACACCUGCUGAUUCCAGCAAGGUGGAUGGAGCUGCAGCUUCUGAGCAGUGCGGCUUCUCCAAGAUGGACAAUGUGCGUCUGACAAAGACAGCUGAGGAGAUCCAGAAACAAGACGUACUGUUGACUCACCUCACCAACUGCAAAGUUCGGCUGUUUGGUUCCCCCAGCACGCUGCACCUGAAAAACAUCGACAGCUGUGAGAUCCUGUGUGGGCCCGUGUCUAGUUCAGUGUUUGUUGAUCAGUGUAGGAACAGCACUCUGGUCUUCGCUUGUCAGCAGCUGCGGACUCACAACACCACGGACACCCAGGUGUAUCUGCACGUCACCAGCCGAGCCAUCAUAGAGGACUGUCGCGGAGUGAGCUUCGCCCCUUUCUCCUGGUCGUAUCCCACCUUGGAGGAAGAUUUCGUUGUGUCUGGCCUAGACCGGGACAGAAACAACUGGAGCCAGGUGGAUGACUUCGACUGGCUCGCUGCAGGAACACCUUCCCCUAACUGGACUGUCAUUCCAGAAGCAGAUAGGAAGAUGAAUUGGGGCACCUAGAAUUAUACUUUUAAAAUCUGUAUUUGCCAAAGUAAUAAGUUAAUAAGUUAAUUUUUUGCCUGCAAAUUUGUUUUACACUACUGUUAUCUUUUCAAUGUGUUGGAUUGCUGUAAUUGAGAAAAGUUGUGGUUUUGUAUGACAGAGUUAAAGCUGCACUAACACCUGAAAAAAAAAAUCCACAUUUACACAGUUGGUUUAUGGCAAAGUAGAGCAUCACAUCUCAGGUGAGGCAAUUCUGGUUUGAGGUGUUGUAGACCAAUAUUUUUCUGCUCAUGCUCAGCAAACAAUUUGCAAAACUGCUAAAAGUAACAGUAAAAGACUAAUUUGCACAGAGAAAACUGGGCCCUCCAACACCAGAUUUAAUGCCUAUUUUCUGUUGUAUUCAUGCCUUAUGGUAGAUGAAGUUUGCAGUUUACUAGUAUGACAUUGCAUGAUUUCUGGUAAAGCACAGCAAAAAUUAGCUUACUGCAAGUACAUAUUGCAGUGCAUGUGUUGCACAAAAAAUACUUCAAAACCUUGUGGAACGUCUUCCCAGAAGAGUGGAAGUUGUUGUAGCUGCAAAGCUGUCUGUGUAUUUAGAAUACAAUGUCAUUAAAGUUCCUGUUGGUGAAAUGGUCAGGUGUCCCAAUACAUUUGUCUAUGUAGUGUUGGUUAACAUGGUCUCCAUCAUAUAGUUUGUCCAUUGGAGAGCACUGACAGGUGUAUUUCCAGCUGUAAAAUGCCCAGUGUGCUACAUAUCUUGGUCACUAUUCUUGUUAAAGUUGUAUGUGUACAUUCA